AUGCCGGGUAUGCAAACUGCAAUGGCUUUCGUGCUCCGUUUCUGCCCGCUGCUUGCGGUGGCUCUGGCCCAUGGCGGCUUUCAAUCCGCAGUGCGGCUGGAGGCUAACAUGACUCUCCUUCCUCAAAGCUCGUGGCACCUCGGGGGCUUCUGCUUCGGCUAUGCCAACAGCGACAGCGGCAACGACACCAAGGUGGGAGAGCUUUGGAUCCAUGUGCAGUGGGAUGGCCAGAAGCCUCUGGAGAAGAAUGGCCCAGUAGUGCUAGCUGCCUUCGAUGCCAGCCCCGAGAGUUGGGGAGCUGUGAAGGACCACUGGGGCGAGAAGUCCUGCGAGGAGAAGCUGCAGGCUGCCACCUGGGUCCGUAAGUUGGGCCAGUUUCAAUAUUGGUUCCGCGUGGACGUGCACCAGGAGACAUACGCCCGCGAUUGGCACUUCGCCCUCCUCACGUGUGGGCCGGCGACAGAGGUGGAGCAAGCGAAUAUGGUGUUGAGUGUCGAGGCCGUGGACGGCGCUUUGGCCGUCUUCGAACCUGACAUGGCUUUCGACGAUAGCAGCUGUCCUGCGGUCACUGUGCCCGAUUGGUGGGAGACGGCCCUUCGCGACACGCGCUUCUGGAUAGCACUGGUGGGCGUUGUGCUGUUUGGGUGCUGCGCCGCGGUGCUCUGCUUCGAGCUGCGACAUGUCAGAGCUGAGCGAGCUCGGCGUCGGGAUGCUGCGGCGAAGUCGAAAGACGAAGCUUUCGCCAGGGCCGCUGGAGCGGGUUUCCACAACUCCAGGUUUCAAGAUGAGGCCCCAAAGCCAGAUGCUGGGUCUCUCAGCGUCGCUGUGGAUCCUUCUCGCACGCCACGUUCGGAGGAGGAGACUGGGGCGGCUGAGCCAGGAGACAUUGAAGCUGGACCUUUGCCGCCGGAGACGUCGCAGGUGCGGAAGGCGAACACCGCAUCGCUGUAG